AUCCCUAUGGACUUCUGCUGUGGCAAUGGUUGGUGCAGUUUCUAUUUAUCCAAGCGAAGAUGAAAGAUAAGAAGUCUUUGAGAACAAGAGAAGGCGGUGAGUUUGAGAGAAACUUGUUGAAACGCUAUACAGUGCUAUUGUGUGAUAUAUAAUGUUCAUUUGUUUGGCAAUUUAGUGCAUUCUUUCUGGGCUUAACUUUGGAGUUUGGAUUGUCACGUUAAAGAAAUGUUUCCUGUCGUAUUACGGCGGCUUUUAACCGAUGGACAUUUCCGCACAGUAAAUAAUUCGAAAAUAAGACCUCGCUACUGUCGACCACCCGGACGUUGACGCGCCCGCAUCAGUCGACAUUUUCUUUGUGUGACCACUUUUAAAACUGUUAUGUUCGCUUUUUACUAUAGAAUCUGAUAGGAUUCGUGUCUACGUUCGAGUACGACCCAGAACAGCUGAGGAAGCGAGGCUACGAGAAGAUCCAGGUGUUGAAUCCGAUAACUUUGAGGUGAGUAUAAAGUACUAUUAAAUUUUCCUAGAGUGUAAAUGAAUUUUGUGGUCAUGACUCAUUUGCUCUCUACGCUUGUCAAAUUACUUUCUUCUCCGUUCAAAUUCAAUAUUGCAUUUCCUUGCAGAUUUUAAUGACGUCUGUAACAUUUGAUAUUUGAUGUACGAUAUUUAUCAGUGCACUUCCGAGAGGCCUGAAUAUUUGUUCUGGAAAAUUCAUUUUCGAAAUGAUAAUGACCUGAACGUAGUUCUUUGUUUUGAUUCAAUUCCUUUUUACUCUUGCUUAAACAAGAAGAGCAAUUCUGUUUUUCCGUGUGAGGUUGUGUUACAAUAUCGGUUACAAGAACCUAUUAAGAAAACUCGAGAAAAGUACUCGAUACGAUAUAGUGAUAGUGAUAUUACUUAGGCGAUUUAACUUGUUUGUAUCUCUCAACUAUUUUUGAGUUUAAUCAAAACCUUAUUAUAUUUGAGUGUAUGUGAAUAAUUACUACAUAAAGUCAUUCAAAAUUCCAUUAAAAGAUCUUAUCUUGGAGAUAACAAUUAAAUCUCAAAUAUUACUUAACAACAGCAUAUCCAAAAGGGCCAUCAAAGCAUACCGUUUUUAUGAAGUCCGAGCUUUCUUAUUAUAUCCUAUGUUAUUUUUAUUUAUCAUUGUAUUAAGAGCAAUAAACUUAAGAACUCCCUUAUAAUGGAAGAUAGGCUUUACAAGAUAUGUGGAGUUUCAGCAUGAAUGCAUAUUUAUUAAAAUCCUCAUUCAUGUUUUGUGAUGAGUAAAAAAUAUCUCUUUAGAAACCCAAAGAAUUAAAAAUAUGAAGUGCUUUUUGUAUAUCUUGAACCACAGAAUGCAAUUGACAAACUUUUAAUAUAACUUUUAGAUAUUCUUUGUUUUCUUGGCUGGGAUAAUCAAAAAAUAAAAGUAGUCAUUUAUCUGUAGAUAUGUGUGGGUAUUUAUAAGAAACUGACCAACAUAUUCACAAAAAAAAUUUAGAUUUCUAAUUAAAAUUUAUAAAAUUAUAUUAAGAGACAAAUCAAUCAAAAAUUACUAUCAUUAGCUUCCUUUUUAAGGAGUUAUUGUUAUUUAUUUCUCUGUUCAAAUAAGAAAAUUUGUGAUUCUCAACAGCUGAUCCCAAACACAUUUUGCAAAUAGAAGGUUUUUGAUGUAUAAUGGCUGAAUUUAAUUCAAAACAUCCAUGCUCUGUUUGGAGUUUAUUACAAACAUUUGAAUGUUUACCUGUGAUGAGAGCCAGACCACAAAACAGUGGGUCAAUAACAAACUAUUGAAAAAACUUAGGUGUUUGUCAUAUAUGAUUAAGCUGAAUGCUGUUUAAUUUUACCCCCCCAUAAAUGUGAGAAGCCAUGUGGAUCAAGUCAUUGUGUUGCCUCACUAUAAUUAUAUUGCAUGACUUUUUGAAAGAGAGCCCUUGAAACAAAAAACUCACUAGAAUCUUCUUCAUAGGCAGACAGCUGGCAUUAGUUUUUUUGUUUGUUUUGUAUGUUACAAAGUCACAAAGCUUAAAUUUGAAUGUGAAAGCUGAAUAUUUAGUGUGAGGAACAGAAGCCAUAAGAUGUGGGCACACGUGUAACCAGCUAUAAUAAAUGUAUUAGUCUUGCAUGACCAUUUUCAAAUUGGAAAUGAAUGAUGCUGGAGCCAUUAUGUGAUUUGAGGGUAAUAUGCACAUAUGUAAUGAUUCAACCUUUGAGCUACAUGGCCAUGCAACAACAUUCUCCAGUGAAAAAAUUGUUAUUUUCAGCAAUCAAGUCACUGAAGUUGUCAUGGUCUAAGUCAAAUUGUGUUGCUAAUGAUUAAUCAAAUCUGAUCUGCCUUAAGUUUUUUCAAAUUAAUGACUAUCAAUUAUUUUGUAGUUUUAGUCUGUGAUAGAAAACAUUUCCUAUAUCAUCUUGAGUGGAGGAAUUAUUCUUUGCAGGUUUCACUGAAUGAUGCAAGAGAGAGAAGAUACAGAUUUGAUCGCAUCUUUCCCGGCCAGACAACCAACAGAGAGGUGUGCUGGGAAUAUUAAAUUGUUAUUUUAUACCAUGAAUCAUAUAACCUACAUUCAAAUGCCUUUGUGAAACACCUUAGAUGGGGCAGCACGCUCCCCCCCGACUACCCUGUGAUCAGGCACCCUUUGGUAGGGUUAGGAAGGGACUGGUGCAAGAGCAAAGUGGCAGGAGGGGAGAGGGGAGACUGGUGGGAAUGGAAGCAGCUUAUCAUUCCUACCUUCCUACUCACCCCUUAUUCUGUAUCCCUUUUCUUCGUCCCCCUUUCCUCUAGGCCCCAUCAUCAACUGGAGUGCCUGCUAGCACACAAUAAGUAGAUUUGAAGUCAAGGUCUUAUACAGAGUCGCAUAUUCAAACCUUUCAUUUUUGACCUCAGCCUUACAUGUACAGUGAAUAUUCUUCAAUUAAUAAUUGCAACUUCUAUGGGCAUUUGCAGGUCUACAACACAGUCGGCAGACCACUGCUUGAUGCGGUGUUUUCAGGCUUCAAUGGAACUCUCAUGGCAUAUGGCCAGACUGGAACAGGUCAGUGGAACAUUUUCCAGUAAUUACAUGGGACCUAAUUCUGGAAUGUCCUGCCAACUUUAUGAGCUCAUGGAGCUAUCUUUUAAAAUCAAUAUCUAAGAGCUUACUUUAAUUGUAGGGAAGACCCACACCCUGAUGUCAAAAGAUGGCAUCUGUGCACUUGUGGCAGAAAAGUUAUUUAAGAGGAUCCAUUCAGACAAGCAUCAUGACUACAAGGUAAGUGAUAGCUGAUAAAUUUGUAAUGCAGAUAAGUAACAAUUUCAGUACUCUUAGUUAGAGGAAAGGUGGGAGAUAUGGUGGCCUAAUUUUUUGUUGCCCUAGACUGUUGUGUUCUUGGGAAAAACACUCAACAAUGCCUCACUCUACCCUGGAGAUUAAAUGGGUUCUGGAAAAUUAUUAGGGAAGCCUGAUGAAAUGCUGGAUCUUAACCUUGGAAUGGACUUGCAUCCCAUCCAGGGGGGAGUAGCAUACUCUGAGUCACUUCAUGCUGUGGAAACCUGGAUAAGCUCCUGCUGCAUGCAUGGUCAACUUGGCUUCGAGUACAGACUUUAGUGGGAGUAAAUGAAAGGGCUUAGGUCAGAAUAUUCCGAGUCUUUUAUGUGGCAUCCCAAGAAAUUGCUUUAUGCUUGAAAUGACUUAGCUCACUUUACUUAAGAUGUAGGAGUGAGAGAUGAUGUUUGGAAAUGGAGAAAUUUAAUCUUACAUUGCACACAGCAAACGUCAAUAAUUUAGGCAGUUAUUCAUGCGGCUCGGCCUCUUUAUGCCGCUUUAAAUUGCCCUUCAGUUAUUUUCAGACUUCAGUAAGGUAUCUUAUUCCCCUCUUGAAGUCUCCGUCUACAAGUGGUUCGGGAAAACUUUUGCACUUUGUAUGCAAACACCAGUGGGUGACAUAACUUGGGAGGGGAGGGGGAAAACAGUGCUUUUAGCUUCUCUUACGUAGUGUGGGUUUUAACCUUAAGCUUGUUUGACAGUUAUUGUUGCGAUUUUGAACUGUUCCUUUGUAGGUCUACAUGUCUUACCUUCAGAUCUACCAAGAGAAGAUUUACGAUCUGUUGAACGCUAAUUCCAAACUUGAGCUAGUGCUCAGAGAAGAUCCGACAAGAGGUAAAGAUUUAUUUUAAACAGGAGCAAGUUACAUGUAAAACGCGUACCUUCUUUUCACUCCGCUGAGGACGUUGGUAGACCUCGACGAAAUUGGCCUCAGAAAUGAGUUCCCAUAGAUAAGGUUAUCUCUGAUCAGCUCAAUACCUCAGCUGAGUCUUUUUGAACUCCUCUACACGGUUCAGGCCGAACCUUCGGUGCUCAGGAGGCAGCCAGAAGCGAUCGGGAAAGAGUGAGUGCCACUUUACGUUCCAGUCUCCCUGAAUAGUGCAAACCAAAGCGGUCAAACAGAAGCAAAGCUGACAGCAUGUUUAACCAUGUUUUGUUCAAAGUGGCCUGGCUGUUGUGAAUGCCUGGCCGCUUUAGGCUUUUAGUCAUAUAAUCAUUUGUAAAGCCAGUGUUUUGUUUAAAAUCAAUCCCAUGUUUUUCAGGUGUGUAUGUAGAUAAUCUGUCGGAGUAUGUCGUUAGGGAUACUGCUGAAGUUCUCUCCUUGCUGAAGCAGGGGAGAAAGAAGCUCAUCUUUGCUGAAACGCGAAUGAACCGCGUCUCAAGUAGGUUAGUUUUGCCAAUAAUUCAGUCCCAGACUAAUCCGUGUCGCUGAAAUCAUAAGUGCGCUACGCAACGAAAAAUUACGCCUUACGGGAGCACGGGCAAUUUCCUGCUGCGAAAACUUACAGUACUCACACUGAAUAUGCUGCGGAAAUGUACCCGCUGCGCAAACUUGUUUGCAACUAAAAUUACUCACUGCGUAAACAUACAUGCUACUUAGAAUUACCCCCGGCCUUCAAGCCGCCAAAAAGGGGGAAAAAGGCGUAUAUUAUGCGUCGCGCAAAAUUGUGCAGCUUUCAAAUUGAGGGUACAUUAUGCUACGUUAGGAGUCACGUAAAAUUGGUGGCUUGAUGGAAUUGAAGACGCUGAGUGCACCACUAAUGCACGUGCACGUGAUUGUUCAUGGUGAAUUGCAGUUCUAACUCUUCCUUACAAGGUUAACUUUACAAGAUCUUGUUUUGUUUUCGUUUCACUGUAGAUCUCACUCAGUUUGUCAGAUAACUGUGGAAAGAACGCGCGCUAAAGACGGCAAAAAAGCAGGAGCAGAAGGUAAGUUAGCGGGAAAUAGGCUCGAUUUUGUCUCCAAACCCGCUUCACCAUAAAACAUGAACCUUCACCUAGAAAAUCCUUCGAACGUUGACGAAAAAUCUGCUGCCCUCCUAGAUAUAUGUUCAGUUGUGCGAACACUCUUGUUCGUGAUGAGUAAGUUCAUUGCACAGAAAAAAACUUUAAGCCACGGGAAACUUCCAUCCUGAAAGUAAUAAACCAAUCGGGACUUGCCCAAGUUGGUAACACUUAGGCUUAGGUAUUUUUGGUGAGUAUUGCUAGUAUCCCUCCAUGAUUCUCCACACAGAAUUCGAACUUACACUUCAAGAAAAAUAAUGGAGCAACCCCUAGCUGACAUUUAUGUGUUCUUGGUACCAGGUUUUUCCAGCGAGAGUAGCCUCCUGUCUCCUUCCUCCGCCAUGAGACCCCCGUCACGGAAGGGUGUACGAUCCACCGGCAGCUUAGACCGACUUCGCGAAGAAACCAAACCUCGUGACUUCAGCGCACCUUUAAAGAAAACGUCUGCAAAGCAACAGAGCUUCAUCCCGCACAGAACCUCUACUCCAGCCUCCAAACGUAGUCUGUCGCGCAAUAACGAUUACAGACACAGCUUUCAUUUGUCGUCACUUCCAGAAAUGACGGUCACGCCUGAUCUGCCGAACCGCUGGUCUAUAGGGGACAUGACUAGCAGUUUGACGGGCUUAGGGGGGUCUUUGCCAUUCUCGUCGAGUGCUUCACAAGGGAGUGAUCUGCAACGUUCUAUGGAAUCUGAACUGGAAAGCAGUACUGAAAGUGAAGGUUGGCCGGUAAGGCUGAUUUCUAUUCAACACGAUUUUCUUGGAACACGAGAGAAAUGACGCUUUUCCUUUUGAUUAGUUUUACUGCUUGCUUAUUUAUUAGUUUGUGUGCCUUUCAUAGUCUCUUCAGAUAUAUAUCGUUUUGCAAACUGUUUUUUUUUGUACGAACGAUACCACGAAGGGGUUCCACAAUCUAGACCCCUCAGCCAAACUCCCAUGGAACCGGUCAUUAUUAUUACAUCACCGGAAGGGGGUUACCUGAUCUCAGCCCGUAAGACUCUGAGGUGUUCUAGUGUUACCCCCUCAUUGGUAGUCAAUUUCCUACAGUUGCCCCUUCAUACUCUACCAGCGACGACUGAUCCAACCUCCGUUCCCCCUGAAAACCAUGUGAUCCCUAAAAAAAAGUCUGACCCCGUGAUAGAUAAUGAAUGGUUUCUAAGCCUGACUCACGUAUUUGCUCCUUGUUUCCUCCUUCUUUAGUCGAUAAAGACUAAUCGAUGUUUCUUCUUUCAGAGCACUCCUAGCAGUCCUGAUAUUCCAGAAUAUAGCUUAGGAGAGGUGAGUAUUAUCAGCUGUUCAGUCAUUCUCACAAGCCAAGCCAAGUAACACAUCCCCACUGGAGCAAAUCUUGUUCCUAAUACAUGAAGUAACGAGGAGUAUUCGUAGUCGUAUUAGAUGAAAGUCCAACAAGAUAGCCUUCCUCCCUCCCCCUUAUCAAUUUGUCAAGUAUCACGGAAAUUUCUCUCGUAACCAUGUAUGCUCAUGCGUAGAGAAAGUCAUGCGAGAGUCUGUGAAAGUGUCUUGAUCAAGAACAUGACAAAGUGAAAGCCUUUCAAAAAACCAUGACUGUUAUUUGAAUUCAGGAAGAUGACGACGACGAUGAAUCAUUUUUGGAAGGAAUCAGGAUACGCGAUGAUGUGCUGAUCGCAGGAAGAAUUAACAUGUAAGAACAUGCUACCAGCAUUUGAGGACCGCACAACUGUUUGUUUUUUACAGUUGGAAAAUAUAACCUUUGAGAGAUUCGUGACUUUGCUGUAGGAACAUUCUUGCUGAGAAAAGGCUCACCAACAGCAACAGCGAGCAACAGCUUUACUUGAGCUUUAUAUGAUAUGAUACGAUAUGAUAUGAUAUACCAAGCUGAUGUUGCACAAGAUAAUUUGGUUCUAGCUGCUGAGUUGAUAUGGUGAAUUGGGCAUCGUAAUUUAAGAGUUUCUUGUAAGGUGACGUUUCUAGAAUAAGCCCCUCGUCAGAGCGAAUAGGUGAAGGGCUGUAACGUUCAAAACAUCAGCAUAAGAAACUCUUUACGGUGGCCAAGUUAUGUUAUCAACUCAGUUUAUAAAAUCAAAUUGUCUUGAAACACCCCCCACCAACGCAGCACCACAAUUUUUCUAGAAAAUUAUCCCCGUUAUACAAGAAAGUUCCUCUUCAGCAAAGUUGAACCUGGAUCUCAAAAAAAGUUUGAAUGGAAUAAAAAACCGUUUUGCCGGACCAAAUGCAAUGGCGGAAAACAACAACGUACUGCUUGUUUCAGCUAAAAGGAAUCAGCGAAGUUGUUUUAUAUACACUACUUGACGCGGUUAAAAUUGCUUUGAUGUCUUUUAGAUGCGACCUCGCAGGAAGUGAAAGAGUUAAAAAAGCCGGUGUGGAAGGAGAGAGACUCGCUGAGCUACAGCACGUGAACUUGUCCCUUUUAGAAUUAGGGUGAGUUGCUUUAGCUUGUGCUCGCCAAGUGACCCAUCUUGCUCGAAGCUUAUCCCAGUUUUCAUUUCCUGGUCUUUAUUUUCUCUAGCAACACAAUUCACGCCCUGUCAGAAGGGAAAAGAACACAUAUACCCUAUAGAAACUCCUCGCUGACUCGACUGUUACAAGACAGCCUUGGUGGGAAUUGUAAAACAAGUUUUGUGGUAAGGUUCUUAAAUAAAAAUCCCAGAAAUCAUACCGACUAUGAAAAAAUUAAUAUCGUAAGAUAUGUGGAAAGAUUGAGAGAAAACGUCUGUUCAUUAUUUUGUUCCUAAAUUUAAUUAAACCCUUUGCUUUCUGUACAUAACAGCCCAUUGUUCAGAAAGCCUUUUGCCCUUUACAUUUGCUUAAAGUGCGUCAUACUAAUUUCUAGUUAGCUGGGCGGCGACAAUCUCACCGAAAUUCCUGAUUUUGUUGGUGCAUUUUUGGGCGCACACCUACAGUGAAAUUGAUAAUAGAGAAUUUUACUUACAACAGACAUUAUUUGAUUGAGGAUUGCAAACAGAGCUCGCUAUAUGCCCGUCAAGCAUGACUGACUGUUUGUCAAUCCAAUCAGCUCGAGAAGAGUAUGGGCAUGAUCAAAGACUCGAGUUCUGUCAUAAUUCCCACCCUUGAGAAGAAACUUAUUUUCCUUAGCAGCAGCUGUUUUCUUUUUAGCCUAGAGUAGUGAAGCUGUCUUAGUUUAAUCCUUUAAAUCCCAGAUCCAAUUUUGUAAUUCUCCUUACUGACAACCAUACAAUUCCUAUAAUGUUUGUUCAGAGAAUUUUGUAUUGGAUCAACUAAUUAUCCCUAAAUUAAUAUUUUCUUCAUUCUCAUUACAUAUGUAGUUGAUAUUGUAUUGAUAUUGUAAGGAGAAAUUAUCUCUUGGUCACUCAUGGGAGUUAAAGGGUUAAAUGUUUUCAAGCCGCUUAUCUAAAGUCAAUUAAAAUUUAAAUUUUCGAGAUAUCCAGUGCAAAACAAUGAUUCAUUAGUCAAGAGAAGAUCUUUUUGUUCUUGGGGUGGAGCUUAAGCUGACUUAAAAGUCUCGCGGGAGUUUGGAAGAGGUUAAUUUGGAACGCCAAGGUUCAAAGCUGGUUUGUAUUUUUGGCUAAGUUGUAAGUCUCUUUGGCGAACCUUUGGUUGGCGGGUAAGUAAAACUAAAAAUGAAACCUGGUUGAUUAUUGACUAGACACUGGAUAGUAGUAGAUGAAACGUCGUAAAUUUUAAAAAUCUGAGAUUUUGCGAUCUAUAGUAAGCGCAUUCUUGAGGCCUUUGUUUUAAGCUUUUCAGAUUUCUGUUCAGGCGACCGGACACUCGAAGCGUUUGCUUUCCGGAAUUGUUCACGAUGAUCCACAAACCAUCUACUUUCCUCGAUUUCUAGUCAAUAAUCAACUAAGUAUUUGUUCCGCUUGUUACAGACAUGUAAAAAGUUGUCUUUUCUUUGUUACAGAUGUGUAUCUCGCCGUCUCUAAGAGACGUCAACGAGACUCGAUGCACACUUGACUUUGGUCAGCGGGCGCUCAAGAUUACCACCACAGCAUAUGUAAACAUUGAGGUGAGAGGAACCACAUUAUGUCUGUUGCCUGAAGAAAUAUAAAGAAAGGCAAGACGUCAUAAGCGAAAACUGGACAAUAAUGAAGGAAAAAUAAAUACAGCAAAUCAAAAAUUUCCUUCGUCCUUAAGAGGGUAUUUUUGUCUUUUUGUCUCCUUAAGGAUGCAAAAUAGUGUAACUCAUUUUUUUUUUCAAUAGUUCACCAUGUGCUUCUAUUUUGCAAAUAAGGCACCAGAACUCUCGGCACAAUAGAAUCACAGCAUGAGAUAUUCCUUCCUUACAGCGAAUUCUUUUUUAUCUAAAAACGUUGCCAAGCAUGCCAUUUUGCUGCAACCGUGAGUUUGGGAUCGAUUCCCCUUUCAUGCUCGCACGCCAUUUGCACGAGGCGACGUUUAUUUACAAAUUGUGGUGGCCAUCUGUAAACGGUCUGUUUUUUCGUAUUUUUAAAUACAAAAAUGCGAAAAAGUAAAUCAUUAAUUGAUGUCUUGUGUCUUUCGUGACGAAUUUGUUAAAGAAGGGUUAUUUGACUUGUUCAAAAUGUGAUGUAAGAAUUUUGCUUAGCUUCGUGUUUUAGCGAAAUACUCUCUUCGGAAUUUCAACCAAACUCAACCUCGCAGUCUAUGUGCUAGUUCUAUUUUUUCGCAAGGAAACGCGGUUCGUAACUUUUUGAUUUGCAAGUAUAAUUUACGCCAAAAACUUGCCCUUCAGUUCUUGCUUUAAUUUCAAUUUAAAUACAGACUCGAUCGGAAGUAAGUAGUCAUUAAUUUUAGGUAUACCGCAAACAGUCUGUCAAAUUCUGUUGUUCUAUAACUAACGUCUUUGCGGUUUUACGCUCAUGCGAGGACAUCUUCGUCACUAGCUCUCCUACGACGAAUUUUAUAUUAAGAAUGCUUUGUGAAAUUGUCGAACAGGAUAUGACAAAGCCAUAAAUUUUAUGUUUCUUUGAUAGAUUGAUUACAGAAAGCUUUCGGAAGAUUUGAGAAAGAGAAUCGAGUGUCAAGGUAAGAUAUAUAUUAUUUGCUACCGUGUCUGAAAUCGUCUUUUGCGCUAUCCUCUGUCUCGCAUUCGUUAGUGUAUUUGUUACCAACCAAGGUUGUUUUUCCAUGACUGAAGAUUUGCCGGUUACUGCUAUGAAAUAGUAGAAUUUAAAACCCCGUCAGUGAAAAAUUUGUGUAGACGAUACCGAACCCUGUAUGUAAAUUUGAAAGUGGCUAUCUACGUGGAAGUUUUGAAAUGUCGGCCUCACCGAAGCAAAUCGUGAACUCUCGAUUACGAGCAUUGACGAAUAUCACCAAAAUCUUUUUCACUUUUAGGAACGUCUGUGUAAUUUCCUUGUGCUCGUUUUUACCAAAUGAACUAAAACACAGUAUUCUUUUUUCACCAGAAGUAGGUAAAUUCUCAUCAGUGUAACACAAUGCGCCCACAAAUGAAAGAUGCACAAUGUAAACGCAUCGCGAAAAUUAGUAAUGGAUUAUAUUGCUCGGCAGCGUGGCUCAUAACUUUAAGAGGUCUGUAAAUUGUGUUUCUGGUUUUGAUAUGAUAAUAUAAUUGUCAAAUAGUUACUUGCGGCAGCUAAGUUCUCAAUCAGAGAAAGCAUGCUGCAUGCAAUUUCAACAAAUAUUUCUACGAAAUUCGUUUUUUUGCUGUGAAAGAUGCGACUUGAUACGCUUAAAGUGAUAUAUUGUCAACAUUCAUGAAUUUACGGUAGGGCGCUUCAUCUACUAAUAGCAGGUUUAUAAACAUCUCAUUGAGAUAUUAGGCCGCCUUUGGUGGAACAAAAGAGAUAUUGGAGAAGUUAUUUCUUAUCUUCGUUUUAAUUUACCGUCUAACCUUCUUUACACUCAAUAAAUAUCCCGACAACUUUUGUUACUGUAAAAUUAGAUCUUUCCAUAUCAAGGAAAGCACUUCUUUCUCGGGAUGGUUUGAAAAUGGCGUAGGGUUGAUAUAUAAAACAAAAUUUAUCAAAGCCAGUUAAACUUCACAGACACAAGGUUGAGACGACGGCAAAUUAAAAUGCAAUAACAUAAUGCAACAAAACACGCAAUUGGCGCAUACAUCUAGAUAUAAAGUGAGCGUCGCUCGAGGGGAUUUUACUAGCCGAUCUCGGUAAUCAACGUAAAUCGCCAGGAGUGUUCACCGAGAUUUAAUUUUCCAUGAUUCGCUUGGUGUACCUGUUAUCAUGAUUUUGCGCUCAGCGCCAAGCAGAGGGCUCGAAUCAAUGAAAUUACUUUCCAAGUUGUCAUCAACGUGCACAAUCCUUUGAAGAGUUUGAAAAUGGAAGUUCAGUGCAGCUUUAUACCUUGAUGAGUCUGAAUGUAUGUAGCUUCAACUGAAAAAUUUUCUGGCUUUUUUUUCGAUAUUUAAAUUCGCUGCGAUUGCGGUGUUGUUGUUGGUCACCACUCCAUGUAGAUCAAAACAUUACGAGAGUGCGCGCUUUUGCUGCAAUUUAUCAUUUAUCGGUUUUUAUCGCUCGUGUGGAAAUAUCAAAAUCGGUUUCCUUGCGUUCGAUAUUAGAUGAUCAGAAGCUGUUUGUUUUCGUUUUUUCCGUAAUUGAAGGUCUAAAAAUGCUCGCUUCGUGUGUGCAAACAAAAGGGCACAUUACCUAAAUUCUAUUCUUUUCCAAUUCAAGCAAAUUAAAACCACAGUUCAGGGGUUUCUCUAAAUAUAAUUCGGAUUCAAAUUUGCUUUUAGAGUGGCGGCAAAAAGUGAAAUACGUAUCAUUGCAUUCCCUACAUCGCCAGUUAUUUGCAGCCGUCUUUGUCUUCCGCUCAGCAUGUAAGUCACCUGGGUGGUAUGACUUUAAAUUUUGAUUGGAGCGUAUUUUUAACACCUUGCCGCCAUUGGUGGCCAUGUUGUUUACGUUUUCAUGAAGCAGGUGGUCGCGUAAGUGGCUAUCUUUUUGGUAUAAACAAUGAGGUCAUUUCUGAGCAAUAUUCGUCUUUGCGGUUAAGUGAGGAAAAUUGAUAUGAAUUUCUACGAACCAAUAAAAAUAGAGUACGGAGUGUUGUCGCCAAAACGAUGCAAAUCGUCGUAGAUCCUCGCCAUGUUUGGAAAAAUUUCGCUGUCAAAUAUUCUACACUACACCUGAAGCACGCCAACUCUGGUGUUUGAAAAUAUUUGCGAGCCGUACAAUUUAUGUGGUGACCUGUUCAGAGAGACGUGAAUCGUAUUUGUACGGGAAUCAAUUUGACAUAUUGUAGUAUUUACGGUGGACUAGCUGUGAAUUUACCGAAAGUAAAACCAUCUUGAGAUUUAUCGGUGCUCGAUCAGACGAGAAAGACAACUUUUGCGUGGUCUAAAAUUAAUCGCACCAAGUCAACAAACAGGAAGAUGAAUUUGAUUGAAAAAUUGUUCCGAAAAUCUCCGCGAAAUGGAGGUACGGAUAAAAAAUUCUAUGGCGAGAUCGCCUUGAAUAUUUAAUGAAACCAGCUACAUUUGUUCAUUUGUGACUUACAGUGGCGUCAGUAUUUUGUCCAGUAUCUCUUUGUGAUCGUUAACAUUUUUAAUUCUUGUUGCAGAAUUGGAGAUUAAAGUGCAAAAGGAUAACUUCGAGAAGCAAAGCAAUGCUAUCAAAAGUGAUGCAGAGUUGAAAUUGACCGAGGUACAAACUCUUUUGGAUACUGAGAGAGAUCGCUUUAGGAUCGAGGUAAGGUUUUUCGACAGUUUAAGAGUUAAAAGGAAAAAGUGAGUUACUUAAGUGGGAAAUCGUUCAGCAUCAAUUCUGGAAAGUUUUUUUUUUACAAGGAAACAAAAAUUGUCUAUUAUUGAUAAAAUAAAAAAAAUUCAAUUGAAGAAAACGUAUUUCAAAAAAGGAUUACGGAAUUCGAAGCAUUGAUCGUGGAAUGACGGUUGAGGGAGUAAUUUUUAUUCUCGCUGAAACAUACCAUUCUCGCUGAAAUAUAUCACGCAAAGUAAACUGUGAGGGUUUCAAAUUGUGUCGUUCGCGGAAUGGCUUGAAAUUAUACUUGUUUAUCAGGUCUGCAGAAAAUGAUUGUCAUUCAGCAAACUUUUUUGCGGCCGGCUGUGACAGCUUCAAUGCCGCCACCUUUCAGUGGUACUAAACUCAUCUUGAAUUACAUGGCAUGGUGAAAAAAACAGAAAGCAAUUUGAUAUUUUCACUAUUUCAGCUGAGCGAUUUCUUUGAGAAAAAUAAUUUUCUGUUUCACGGUAUCAAAUGAAUCCCCUGCUGUUUCUUGUAUUCCUUAUUGAUUUUUUUUUUUUUUCACUUUUGCUUUGAGCUGAAAUUAGUAUUUAUUUAGAAUUUGUGAGUAGAUAGGAAUCAUUGUGUCGGAAAAUAAGCUUUUUUUGGCCUCUGAAUGACUUGAAAAUUUCCCGAUGGUUCUUAGAAAUAUUCGGUCGGUACGUGCUGUGAAGAAAAACUUUCUGCAUUGGCAGCAGAUUUGUUGACAUCAUAACACGGACAAAGUUUAUUGUUAAAGGGUCAAAAGAUUGAAAUGAAAAUUAAAAAAUAAACUUUAUGGACAUAUUCUGCUUUUAUUGUACACUGUAGGCAACGUUAAGUCUUUCAGUGCAGAUCUCUACUAAGUUUCUACCAAGCCUGCAGUUUACGAGACAAUUUAACAAAACGGGUUAUAAAAAUAAUACAUUUAGUAGCGAUUUCUUAAUCCCGCAAAAUUAUCGAAGACACAUAAAAACCACGAAUCGGUUUUUUUCUUGUUUGCAGAACACACCAAAAAAAUUUAGUAGAUUCUGUAAAAUCUUUUCAGAAAACCUGAUCUGAGACAAUAUCGUAUUGCGAGAGUACCGUUUAUGCUUUUUUCUAAUUUAAUUUAUCACGUUUUAUUUAAGACUGAAUGCGAGAGAAAAUCGCAUUAAAAUCAUGUUUUUUCCCUAUAUUCUAAACUGUUUUUUACGCCAUUUUUCAGCGAGUCUAAGUAUUUCCAUGUUUUGCAUAAAGGUAAACUGAAUUUAGGAUUCAAAACAACUUAUUUUCAUCAUUGUACAUAUGUGUGCAGAUUUUUAAAAAUAUUUUAUCUCGAUCUCAAAUUUACAUAUAUCCAUGGCACUUAACUGUAAACUUCUUAUAUUCAGUUGGCGUCGUCUCUUCAAAAUGUUAAGCGAUUCUCUCGAUAUUGGCCAUUUUCGAAAAAUGUCACAACGUAAAACAGUCUAGUUAUUAUUAAAGAUUAUUUGGUAGGUCUUUUGCAAGGUAGAUUUACACGAAGGGAAAAAAAUUACAUAUGCCGGAUGAAAGUUAAAAAAAAAAAAGAUGGACACAGGGUGACAGCAAAAGGACUUGAAUUGUAAAAUAGAAAAAUCAGCUUGUAAUUAUGUUAGGUACUUCCUUUGUUAUUUGAAAGGAUGCGACCUACCCUCCUAAUCCUUUACGACCGCCAAGUGUGACAGGCAUCUUCUUUUUUCCUUACAUUAUCGAUUACGAUCAUGAGAAAAGGAUGCCGAACAAUAACCAGGGAAGCCGAUCAAACAUUAAUAAAUUUUGGAAUGGACCGGUUUUUAUGGGAUAAUGGAUUUAACUGCCAGUGGUUUUCUUUUUUUUUUUGUUAUGGAAAUAGGAACAGAUGUAAGCGGUAGUGACGGGUUUAAGAACCAGUUGGGUCGUGCUCAGAAUUAAAGCUUUUGCCAGGCAGGAAACUUUUUAACUUCUAAUCUGACAUUAUUUCGCUAUUUUUUGUAGAUUGAAAAUCUACGUAAAGAGAAGGAGAACCUUGCUAAGACGCUCUUCGAUGAAAGAAGCCAGCGGCGCGUCCUCGAAGGAAUGCACCAUGCCUCACUAGAGGCGGCUGUGCUCAUAGAGAGACAGAAAAUCAAAAACAACGAAGAGCGAGAAAAACAACGACUGCAAAGAGCUCUGGAUGAGGAGCGAAGACGAUCCUGGACAAUAGAACAGCAAACAAAACAAGAAUACGAAAGAGCGUUGGAGGACGAGAAAAAACGCACCAAACUGUUAAAAGAGCUCGAACGCGAGGGACUGGAAAAGUCUCUUCAGGAGGAGAAACAGCGAAGCAGAGAGCUUGAGGAGCGUUUGGUGAAAUCUCCCAGUCACGAGAGAUAUACACAGACGAUAGCCAUGUUCGACGAGCCGGAUUUUCCUCGCAUGCCGCCGGGAACAAACCAAACGGAAACACUGUAUAAUGUGUUGCUCGCAGAGAUUAUGUCACUUCAGUUGCUGUACCAAAUGCAAGAUCUCUCCCACGCCUGCAACGCCGACGACCCGAAGUCACGCGAUAGCGGCUGUGCGGAGUACGAGGAAGAGGUCAUUCACUCCGUGAGCUCGAGCGUUUUGGAAAAAGGAGGACUUUUAUUGAAUAACUUGAGAGGCAGGCAGGGAGGCGCUAGUCGGUUUUCGUUGACGAGCACCGAUUCCUUACGAGAGUUGUACCUGUUACAGUUUCCACCUUCGCCGAAACUUUCCCGAGCAUCACAAAAGACUGAGUCAGUUCCGAUCAUACCUUCAAAGGGCUCGUUGUCCGAACUUCAUUCCGAUUCGAACAAAAGCUUCAUGUCGACAGAUUGCGACGGGCCGAGAGGACAAGACGGAACAUCGAGCUCUAGUAUGGAGUCCUUUCUAGAAGAGCCGCUGAGCCCGCGUUUUCGGCGUCGACCUUGCGACAGUGGCUGCAGUAGUCAGCAUAGCGACUCAGACCACUCCCCUGGGGCGGGUAUACGGAGUCGGCCAAUCGACAUCGCAGGACGCACUCGAGCCCUCAGUAAUCCUGUCAAUCGGCUCAACGUGAGUGCAUACGUACCGCUAGCUGAAGGGGAAGAUGAAGAUUUUGAUCUGACCGAGCCAGACGAGAUCCAAACAGUCAAGAAAAGAGUCGACCAUCUGGAGAACGACUUGUGCCGGCUGAAGACGGAGUUGGACGCGGAGACGGUGAACUUUUUCUCCGAAGUCUUCCGUGUGGAAGUGCCUUUCUUGCGAGAAGGAGGUAAAUACAUAGAAUUUUUACACAGACACUAGAGGACAGGACUCAGUUUUAAUUUUGUUAAUUAAGAUUGUGGAAAGUCGGUGUUUUUGUGAUAACUGUCCCAUGAAAGCAUAAUGUAUUAAAACCAAUGGCUCGGAGAGCACAGACUGUCAUUCAACGCAAAAGAAUUGUCAGGUAAGGGAUGAACUACUUAAUACAUACUUUGUUGGUUUCAGAGCUGUCCCGUGUCAUGAGACGUUUAUUUGAAGGUGUCAAGGAAAAACUUCUCUAUAGAAUAUGCGCCGGUAAGUUUUCAUUUAAUUUUAUUCUAUUUAAACUUUAGUGCAGUUUACCUUGUCCUUCGAAAAUACUAAACUGAAUCUAUUUAAUACAAGGGGGAAAUUCACUAGCUGGCCUUCACGUCACUGUACAUCUGAGUUUUAUUAAAGGGCUACUGCAAUUGCUCCUCCAAGCCCCACCUUCCUCUAAACAAAAACUCUAUAGUUGUAGGUGUAUUGUUAUUCAUGAUGGUUUACAAGUGUUUCCGUACGAAAUGGAAGCUGCAACGAUUCAAAUAACGCAGGGUUUCGACAAGUUUGUAUGGGCAGGGUUACAAGACAAGUUUGUAUGGGGAACAACUCAAUGUGAAGAAAGAUAACGAAUUAUUCUUUAGGCUCUCUACAAGUUUAUAACAAGCAUGACCCUUCCCCAUUCCCUCACCCUCGCGCUCCCAUGGUAUUGAUCGUGUAUGGUUCUGUUCAAUACUGAAGGUCAACGCAGUCCUGUCGAGGAGGAAGAAGACGAACUUGACCUCUCACCACCCGUGCUAGAAGAAGCAGUGAACCUGUUACUUGUAAGCAAGACAGUCAUGAGCUGCCUUCUUGUUUUACAAAACAGACGUAAUACGGGAAAGAGCCACAACUCGACCACGACGGAGUUACCAACAGUUAUUCAUGUGCCGUCAAAGGUAUGUUUCGGUGUGUUUUUGCAACUUGGGGAGGGGAGAGGGGGUGGUCGGUUGUGUCCUAAUACAAUUACCUUCUCUCCCCACGAGGCUCUGUAGUGUUCUAAUGAUCCCUCUCACUGGUAGUCAGUUUUCUUAAGUCUCCUUUAAUCUCUGUUAGUUGUGACUGAUCCCCCUCUGCCCCCCUUGAAAACCAAGUGAUUCCUCCAAAGUCCUGGGGCACCCCCCCACCCCGUGAUGACUGAUUUCCCCCUCUGCCUCCCCUUGAAAACCAUGUGAUCCCCCAAAGUUCAACGGCAUCACUCUUCAUCCCCCCUCGUGAUGACUGAUCCCUCUCUUCCUCCCUUGAAAACCAUGUGACCCCCCCCAGAGUCUUACGGUACCCUGCUCCCCUCCCAGAGUGAUGAAUAAGAACUGGUCCCUUAUUUCCUUAUUUGAAACAUUUACGACUGUGGCUAUACUUAAACCCGAUACACCCUAACAUCAGUAUGCACAUUCUCCAUACUUUCCUCUAUAUAUUUACUGAGGUGAUGACAAGGAGAAUUUGUCAAAAAAUCAAGGGCUUCUUUGGUUGGUGAUCAUUUCCUUUAAUCUCGUGACAUUAAUCCUUGAAUCAGGGGUGAUAUGGUAAAGAGAAAUUAGAUGCUGGUCAUUUUUACAAAUUAAAGGGUUGAGAAUUAUCUAAUCUAUUUUUUGCAAACUAAAGGACGUGUUGCAGGAAUCCGUCCGUCGGCGCUUUGGAAACAAUUACGCUUGCUUACGUUUUCUUUAAAGUCGUAAAUCGUUAAGUCCAAUUUUGUUUCUUUCUUUAGGCUAAUAAAAAAACACAAACAAGCCCAGGACCCAAUCGAUCAUUGAGAAGGAUACGAAAAGGUAAAAAUGCUACUUGAGAACGUUCUUGCUUGUGGGUUAUGCGGAAUUGUAAUGGUUAGCGAGCUAACCUUUGGAGGUCUGGGUUCGAUUUUUAGCUGGGUCACUAUUUCACUCUUACAGUGGGUCUCUCCAUCCGAGAUUGUAAAAUGUGAUAGGAAAACUAUCAGAGAAGCCUGAGUGGGGGUGGGGGAAGGUAAGGCAAGGUUUAUGGACCAAUAUCCCAUGUUGUUUACCCUACCGACCCCUGGAAAGCUUCGGCCUCUCAGCUAGUCAGUCUGAGGUAGGUAGGCAAAACCAAAAAUGAGAAAAAAGGGAAUAUCACAAGUAUUGAAUGAGAACUAUGAACAAACUAUGAGCAAACUUGAAGCGCGGGAAAAUGCGUUGGCACGUAAUUGGGCUCAGUAUUGAACUGAUUGUUUAAGUGGAUGGUGAGAGUAUUUUGGGCCAAUCACAGAGCGACCUAAGACAAAAUCAAAGCAAUUUAGGAUCACUUUAGACACUCAAGGAAAAUUGCCUAUAAGUCACUGCCUUGCUCCCUGUUAAUCAUUUUUUUCCACUGAUUGUGGUAGAUGUAAGCGUUGGAACAGAUCUGCCCGCCAAGAUACAACUCAGUAAUAAAGAAUGUCAAACAAGUCUCCAGGAACUCUCAGACCGGUGAGUUGAUGGCGUGUGCCCUUUAAAAAAAGUAAAAACAUAUAAAUUCGAAACCUUCACCUUUUAGCUUUUUCAUUUCAGUAGCGGUUGACUUACAGAGAAAGCCGUAUCAAUGAUCUUAGCGACUUUUCCUAAAAAAGUUUUUCUUGAAAGUGUUAAUGGAGGAAUAUUUCUCACCUCUCUUUGCCAAUUGUAAAACUUGGGAAGUACCAGUCUUUGAUAAAGGAGACUUGUCAAAGAAGGGAAAAACUUGGAGAGAAAACUGUUCACGAUAGACGCUAUACUCAAGGCAACUUGUCAGCAAUAACAUGGCGGUUUAACUGACAAAGAAGUCUGAGGUCUAAGAUACUUUUCUUCUUUCAGAGUGCUGGCGAUAAAUUCGCCGCCUAAAGACGAAGUUCUGCAAGUCAAUCCUAAUCUGGAGGCAUGGAACGACUUUCCUGAUUCAAACGCGCAUCGGACUUCUCAAGGUAGCAUACCACCACAAUCACGUGACCCAGACGGCGCCUCCAGUGAGGGCGAGCCUGCGAUCACUGAUGAGAACCGCGAAGAAGUGGCCUUGGAAUCAAGAUAUGAGGGCGUUAUGUCUUACAGCGAAGAUGACGAUUUAAGAGAAACAAAAGGAAAGAAAAAGAAAAAGACGAGACUUUUCUCGUGUUUAAGUCCCCCCAGAUUAUCCUUCCGAAAGAAAUCUGAAAAAGCGAAUCGGUCCAAACCAGAGACAACCAAGCUGGUGAUGAAAGAGAUAUAAUAUUAUUUAAAUUUAGACGUAUUGUUUGUGUUUGUUCGGCAUAAUGUUUACUAAGUUAAUUUGACAAGGGGCUCAGAUAAAUUAUUUGAGUGUCUGAUUUAUUGAGGAGCAUUUUAAAGUUUGAUCAAAUAUUGCCCGUUUAGUGAAAAUGAAAUGUUCUUUCGGUUUAGUAAAUUAAAUGAAUCACUACGCGCUUUAAAAAAAAAGCAGUGUAAUGAUACUUGGAAGGUGUUUAUAUUAAAAAAAAAAAUUUAGUUAAUGAAGAGUUCUUCUAUUGUGAGAGGACGUUUCAUAGGUUAUCUAUUCAGAUGGCGUGGGUCAUGGUUUAUUCGUUCUGUCAAAAACAUUUUUUCAGAAUAAUGUGGCAAAUAGUAUUUGCUUUGCUAAUAAAUGUUUAGAGCUUUGAUAAUUUUAUUUAAGUUAUAAUAAGUAUAUUGCUUAGGGUUAGGUUUUCAGUUUUCGUAGGUCUUGAUAUUUAUAGUACGUCCAAGUUAUGAGUUAAUAAUCAAAAUUAAUGUAGUAACGUGCAUGUUCCAUUAUUUUGUUAAGUUAACCAAAUGUGAAGUCGUUAUUUUUAUAGCAGUUGAUAAACUUGUUUAAAAUCUUGUUUUAAAUAUUGUCAAAAUCUAAACGUACAUUAAAGGAAUAUUUAGAAACUGGACAAACACUAGCUUUGCUUAAUUGUAAUUAUAAAAAGCUAGGUCAUGCAUAAUUUGUAAUAUUUGGGUACUCCAACGAUUGUAGUGCAUUAGUCUUAACUUAGAAAAUUUUCAUAUUGUUUUCACUUUCAUAAUCGUGUCUUUCAGUUUAAAACUGGUUGACUUUCAUUUUCUUUCAUUCUUUUCUUUUUUAGUAGUUUUGGAUGUCGGUAGGUAAGGUCAUGUCAAAGAUUUGUCGUGAAAUACUUUCCGUAUUGAUGUAUUGAACACAAAAUUUGUGUCGUGUAAGUAGUUGCAUCUUUCUGUAGUACUGGUAAAUUGUUGUUGUUUUUUAAUUUCCGGAGAAAAAA